AUAAAAGCCCCGAAAUCAAAUGUGCACCGAAUUUGUCGUUCAUUUAGCAACAAUUUACACCUUUUAGCGACAUUUUCCAUGAAAAAAGUGAUUCUCCGGAUACUUUUUCGGGCAAGCAACGUGACUUUUGUGCCAAAAGCGUGGCAAUUUUCCGUGAAUUCCGUGUGAUUGUCUGCCAAAGAGGAAAAGUUACAACAAGGCAGAAAUGUCGUCGACUCGCGGCGGAACAACUUCGGGCACGAUAAAAGUGAAAAAUGAGAUGGAUUUGCUCAGGAAAGAUCGUUUGCCGUCGUUGAAAUCGCGAGACUUGACGUUGGGCGGCUUGGCAAGUGUCAAUAUGAAAACCACAAAUACGGCAAGCACGAAACGCGAGUUCAAACCCAACCUGAAUGUACAACGAAAUAAAAAUGCAGAUGUUAGACCAAAUCUUAAUAACAGUACUCGGGGAAGAGGCGGAGGUCGAGGAGAACGCGGAAGAGGAGUUGAUCGAGGAAAACGAGGCCAUAAUUCACAUUUGGUACAAACGCAAGGUCUCUUCUCCGAGGGAGCCGGAGCUCUUAAUAUUAAACGACAAAUCAGUCGAUCGUACAGCACUCGCGAAUCUGGAGCCUCAGACACGUUAACGAGACCAACACUCAACAAGAUCAACGUCAAAGUCGAUCCCGAACUAGAAAGUAAGCAACUUAGAGAUAUUUUAGGAGAUGAUGACGACGACAUGGAAGAUGACAAGUCAUCAGCAAGCAGCGAUAAAGUGAUGCCAAUUUCGUUAGAUAGUUAUAAAGUUAAACAAGAAGACAUAAAAACGCUUUCAACAAAAUUCUCAGAGCAGCUCGAGACAAAGUCCGAAGAGUCGUUCGGGGAUUUUUUGCAGCAACAACAAGCCUCACAACUGUUGCUGCUCCAGAUGCCGGAUGCACUGCCAGCGACAGUUUCCAAAGAUGUGCCAAUGGAGGAGGACCAAAUGGAUGGCGAUUCCGCGGAGAAUGGCUUCAAAAAAGCCCCAAACAAUUUUUGUACGUUGCACGAUCUCCCGGAGGGGCAAAUCGGCAAAUUAGUGCGAUACAAAUCCGGCAAAUUGAAAUUAGUGCUCGGGAGUGGACAUUCGUAUGAUGUCACGCAUGGAAUUGAUUCUACAUUUUUACAGGAAGUCGUCUCGAUCACAACAAACCGCGAAGAACGCAGCGGCAAUAUAGUCAACUUAGGAAAAGUAAAAGGCAAAUUAACGGUUACCCCGGAUUGGCCUCAAUUAUUUAACGAAAAGUCAUAGCAUUGGAUCACACAGCGGAAACACUACCGAAAAUGUCGGAAGAUACGAGUAGCUAGACAACACUGUGAUCAUCAAAUGCAAAAAAAAAAAUUCGUUAAAUAAUCUACCUUCGUAAUUUUUUGUUAUAUUUAUUACGUCUGCGAGAUUCUAAAAAAAUGCAAUGCGCGAAAAAAAAAUGUUGAAAAUAAAUUUAUUUCAUUUAAAAUUAA